AAGUAUAAAACCCUAUGACUGCUUCUGUUUUACAAAGGAGAGACUCGCUGGGUAAUUUACCAUGUCUCUGAAAAUGCCUCAAAUUUUGGUGUCUGCUCUGCUGCUUACAGGUGUCCUUGGAGCACCUUUUCUGACAGAAGAAUCAGCAAAUCAAUUUAUACGACUUAAACGACAGAUACUGUUUUCUCAGAACUACUGGGACCCAAGCAGCAGCCAGGAUGCAUGGGGAUAUGCUGUAGCUGAACAGGUUAGGAAAUCAUGGAGAGCUUUAAGCGACACAGCACAAUACUACAUGGGCUUGGCUCCUUUUGCCUUUGAUCUGUCAACUGCUAAGCACGAUGGGAUUUCUCAACAGAGCAUUUCAUAAACUCCAAGUUUUCAUUUACCUAAGUAAGUAAAAUUGACC